AUGAUUAAGGUGAUUACUAUACUUGCCCUGGUGAUGGCAGUCUCAUUAGCAAACGAGCAAUCAACAAACAAUGACAAAAAACAAAAGCGUGGUCUCUUGGAUCUUGGCUAUGGCUACGAUUCUGCGGCUUACGCGCAACCUUCGAUCUACACGUCUGGUCUUCACACCAGUGCCAUCAUCACCAAGCACGUGCCUUUACCUAUCAUCCAAAAGGUCGCCGUGCCAGUCGACCGUCCACUCCCAUACGCCGUUCCAAUAGUUAAGGAAGUUAUCAAGCACGUGCCAGUACCGUAUCCUCAGUCUGUCGUCGUUGAAAAGUACACCAGUUACAACGCACCCUGGUGA